GACAAGUGGGGGAAGAAUCACAGCUCUGGUCCAGACAAAAUAAUAUAUAAACAAGUGUCGUAAAAUUAAAUUAAACACAAUUCAUUGACUAUUCACACAAAUCUUUGCUUUUUGACGUAACGCGGUGAUACAACUACCGCUUAGCAUAACAAUUGCGUGGGAGUGCUUAAUUGUUGCUUUCAUUAAUGUCGCUCAAGGGAGCCUUGAAAGUUUGGCGAUUUACGAAAUUACAGCAAAUUAAAGUCGUUGUAUAUUUUUAUUUAUAAAGAGGAAACAAAUAUUAAGCGUAUGUGAAUGGUGCGAAACAAAGUAUACGGAGCUUUUUAGCACGAAAAAAUUAUAAUUUCAUUGAAAUCAGCUGUAAAGCAUGCGCGUUGUGCUAAUUUACUCGUUAAACCCGUCAAAUGAUAAAUAUGUUUGCACGUAUUUACAUACAUACAUACAUAUGUUUUUAUAGCAAUGUAUCAAAACCGCUUUGCAGCAAACCGGCAGCGCGCGUUCGAUCACCUUCUGUGCGCGUGUGUUAUCCAUGUGGAGCUGCUGCUUUGGUGCUGCCGUCACGUUAACCCAAACAAUAUUUUCAAAACUUUAUGUUCUUGAUAAUGACAACCAGCGCGAUAUGAAGUGAAAACUCAAAAGCACCACAACAGCAAACAAGCGCAGAUCAGUCAAAGCCGCGGAGUUACUAACCUCGGCCUAGUGCGAGCUUCGAAGUGAAACACGCUGCCAACAGCUGUGCUAAUUGCAAUUGUUGCUGUUCUCCUACGGCUGAUCGUAAUAUAUCAAGUCAGUGACACCAGCUAAAAUUUGUUGCUAUCUUUACCACAUAAUUAUGUACAUGUGUGUAUAUAAUUACGUUGGUGUUAGUUAAUGUGUCAAUGGGUCGUUUGAAGCAAAGCUGCCUGGUUCGAGUUGCCUGCUCGUCAUGUAUCGUUGGCGAUAGAGAACUGCCCUGAGGCGCGCCAUAUCUGUACUUAGAUUGCCAACACAUUUAAGGGGAUUAGGCGCAGCGUGUUGUGAAGCGGCAAUAGUGUUGACAAGUAUUUCCAUAAGCUAACAGGCACACAUGUGCUUGAAAGCUUAAACAAGGAUUGACUCACGCAUAUGCAUUCAGGAGCAAUUAGAAAUCCAAGCAAUUUUGCGAAAUCCGAGUCUUCGUGUGCCCUCUCGCAUUACAAGCACCACGCUCCAAUUAGCAAUAACAACAAAAAUCUAAUAGUAAUAAUUAGUUCAGCCGCAAAUGCCAAUCAAAAUAAGCAUAUACGAGUACUAGUGUGAAUGGAGAAAUACGAAAAGUAAUUUAAAAAUUUAGAGAAACCACAACAAUUGCUACCAACACUACAACAACGGCAGCAAUAAUCAAGAUUGAUUUGCUAGCAGUUAAUGAGAUAACCGCAAUAGUAGUAGAAAAAAUAUACUACAAAUGUACAAACGUGCGUGCCUCCUUAAAUAUAUAUGUAGAUAUAUACAAUAUAUACAUAUAUGUGAAUAUGUAUGUAAGUGCGUACCAAUAGCAAAUUGAGUAUCACCUGUUAACAACGAACUUUACUCACCUGUGUGCGCAUGCGCGCGCGCUCUCUUCCGUUACAAUCGCUCGGUCGCAAGCGAGCGCGGUGUGCUUUUCCGUUACGUCAGCGCUUACCUUCGUGCAGUAAAUAAGCGCUCUUAUUGCGGUUGCUACUGAAUAGGUGAGCCUACUUAUUGCACCUGAAGCUGUUAAGUGUUGUACUAUUAGUUUUCGCCAAGCUAAGCUCUCGCCGCUGAGGCGUUAAUGCCAUUUUAUUUACACUUUAGGAAAUAAUGAAUUCGGACGCUCACCGAUCGGCUCAUACCAGCGUUAUAUUGUUCUAUGAAAGUGUCGUGUCGGCUCGAGUGUCGUGCUAAUGCGUCGAGUGUUAUUAUUAUGUGUUAUCAUCGUAGACGCGCUUUACGAUAUUUUUUUUUUUGUGGCUCAAAUAAAAAUGUAAAAAUUAAGUGAAAUAUUUUAGUGAAAACAAACUCGACCACUACGGUAGUAUAUGUAUCUAAUAUUAGUGAAUAUAUACAUGUAUGUACAUAUACAUAUAUGUCCCACGAUAAUACUUUAAAAAUAUAAGCGCAGAGUGUCGCUUACACGCGUCAAACUCCAAUUGGCUUUAACCUCGUGAAAACUAGAAGCAUAUGUGCCGACUGAACAGGUGCUGCUCGCGUCUACGUCUAAUGAAAACGCGGUGGUUGUUGCAGGGGGAGGCUUUUGCAAAGCGCUAUAAACCGAAACACAGCCAACACAGCAACGAAAAGACUGAUCAGCCAAAGUAAAAAUAAUGUGCUCGGAAUUUAAACGCGAUCGCGUCGAACAAAUCGCGAUAGUGAGAUUGUCGGUAUACGCGAGCGUCAAACGGCUGGAGAGGCGUUUGUGAAUACAGCUCCUGUGCGCGGUAAGAUCAGCCGUUCGCGAGGCGCGAUAUUGACGCGAUUAGUGCAGCGAUCGACGCGAUAGACUGAACUGACGCGUUGAUAAACAUAAGCGUGUAUAAAUCUGUGUGCGCUAUUCCAUGCGCCUGUGGUUUCAUCAAGAUUAACAGGUGUUGCUGUCGCAUAUGAGUGUAUGAGAGGCUGCCAAGUGACGCACGCCGCACCGCAAGCCACAAGUGCAUAGUUCGCGUUCCAAGAAGUGUUUGUAAAUCGAAUUGAUUUACGCGAAUUACUCAUUCUCAGUGUCAGCGUGCGAACGUAGUAUAAGUUUCGUGUUAACGUGUAUCAUAAGUCUGGCGCAACGUACUACUCAUAGCACUCCGUUCAGCGUCAUAGCAAUUUUAUGCUAAUUAGCAAAAAAUUAUCGCUUUUAUCGAAAAAGGCUUUUGAUUAGGUGUCAGUUCAAAGUGCCCAAGGGUGAAUGUGAAAAGACAACGACGUAGGUGAUGUUAUACUCCAGCGGCUAUACCUCGAAAAUUUCUCAAACCUCUGUAUAUACCAUCGAUCACCGCGCGCAGUAAGCGUCUGAUUGUCUGGUGGCUGGCGUGCGUCAGUAGCGUUUACUAGCUGCGGCCGAUGGUCUUUUCUGCGUCAGUGGCUUCGCGACUGCGAAAAUGCCCAUUAUUAACAACAAUAACAAGCGCGCACCGAAGAACAAAAACAACGCUUGGUCACAGCUAAUCGCUGAUAUUUGCGUCAUGUAGUAUUGUGUCUUGACGUCAUUUGGCGUUGUGCAGCCAAUGCGAAUUGCAAUCGUGUAUGUCGACUGCAAGAACCCUUGAACACUAUACGUAGAGAAGAGAUCAAAAGCAAAAGGAGCUGCUACGUGCGUACGCACCCAAUGAAAAAGAAUGAGCAAAUUACCGAUAAACAAGAAAAGUAAUAUCAGCGAUAAGCGUAAGCAAGUGGCUGACAAAUUAAAUGUUAAAUGCCAGCCACUGUUGGCGCGAAGAAUGGGCGGCCACAUCAGUCGGCGGAGCACGGGAACGACUACAACUAACCCAACUGCCACAACAACAGCUUCAAACGCCGAUAUUUGCAAGAAAAGCGCGCGAGUAGCUCAGAGAUCCAUACGAACGAGCUUUGCUGCCAAAACCAGCGCUGAUAUUCAAACGACAGCCACAUUUACCGGUAGCACAUCCGAGUCUUCGGUCCAUUGUGUGCCAACCGAGGCACUUACUUCCGUGCACAUUCCACCAGCCACGUUGUAUUCUAUCUCCUUGAAUGAACUAAUUGACGGAGAGGCAGACGAUGCGCGCGGAGCAGCGAUCGCGGAUGACAUGCUUGGCUGGACUGACAUUGUUGACGGUGAGUUCUCGUCACACUCAGCGCCCAUACUAAGUGCUAUUCAUGCCACAAGAGAGUCAAUAGAUGCAAAUAAAACAGAAGAAACAACGGAUACAAAAAUAGCCACAACAAAAGCGCACACGGCGGCAUUGACAGUUGCGCGAGUGUCGCGUUCACGUACACCAACGAUAAAACCGCGGGCGACGACCGCGGCGUUAGGGGCAAGCCAAUUAAAGAAGGGAAAAAAGAGUAAAGCAAGCACUACUACAAUGACACAUGCGGUGACGGUGGCGACUACAACAACGGCGAAAGAGCAAACGCCGGUAGCAGCAGUGACGACGGCUCGGGAAGGGGCGCAUUCGUCUGUUACACGACGAGUACAAUCGGCGGCUCAUUUGGCUUCGUCGUCGAGAAUGGAAGACGAACAGGUGGAAGGGGUGUUGUCGGCGGUAGAUGCGAAAUCAAAAUUCACUGAAAAUAAAUGUCCGUUGGCUGUGCUAACGAAUGUUAGUAAUCAGAGAAAACUUGAAGCGAGCACUACGAUAUCAGAACCAAAGCGGUGUACGCUUAAUAGCAACAACAUCAACCUAAGCGAAUACAACGACAGAACAAGUGAAGUAUACGUAGCGAGCAACAAGUGGCCAGCAGUUGUCAGUUUAGUCAACUCGGAGUAUGAUCCUGCUUGUGAGACAAGAGCACCCGCAGACACAAGCACCAAAAGCAAUAGCAAGGAUAUAAUAAGGGCAGUGACUUUGGCAGCGCGAAAGGCCAAACUUAAAUCGGAAUUUUUUAGAGAUUUCGAAUCGCAAGAGCAAGCAGUCAAACGUUUAACACAAACAACGACACUAAUUGAUGAUUGUGGGAUAUCGCGACGAUCACAGUUGGACGCAGUUAGCCCACGGUAUAGUAGAAAACUGGGCCCACACAUUGGAGUACCAACGAUAGCUGUGAACGCAGCGGAAACCUAUUCAUUCACAUCUUUAGUGGCAAGGCGCAAAUUAGAUUUAAAGAAAAAAUUUGAAAAACACAACACGAUAAAGACAUCUUACCCUUUGGCACACACCCAUCAAUCCUUGAUUCAUAAAAUCAGUGCAUUUCCACGUGUGGAAGAAUUAGUACAAAUAUUCGAAAGUCACUCAAAGUGUUCCGCUAUUAAAAUGAUUGUGAAUCCGAACAAAACUAGCGAGUCAGGAGAUAGCAAUAUGUUGUCCUUGAAGCCGGAGAGAUUGGCGCAGCGCAACAGUCCACUCUCGGACGAGGGUUGCAACCUUGGACAGAGUCCUUACUCAUCUGACAAUGAGGACAACGAAUUGGCGCAGACCACUUCCGCGGUUGGCCAAACAAAGCGUAAGGAUAAAGUGGCACGAUCUGCCAGCAGUGAUUCGGCACUAGGUUUGGACGUUGACGAGUCAAUGGAUACAACACCCGCACAGCCACCGGUUGGCCCACAACAGCGAAGAAUGACACUCACCGUUACGGAUUUGCCACUGCGACCGGCACUUUUGCCACUAGCAGAACCCACCGCACUGCCAGACACAACGAUCACUGAGCUACCACCAACUAUCAGCAAUCCACCAGCCCCGGCUACGGUGCCCAGCAAGGUGUUGUUGGAGGAACGCGUUGUAGAGCUACCGGAGGAUCCGCGUUCUUUAGCGCCGUCACAGCCAUGUUCGCGACGCGAGUCAGCACAGAGUUGCGGUAGUGAUACUGCACCCACUGAGUUUCCGGGCGGUAGACGAUUUGUACGCACGCCUUCCGUAGUUGUGUCGGAUUAUUCCGAUGAAAUCAUGUGCGGUAUAACACUCGAAGAAAUUGAAUACUUUCGCGCACAGCGCAUGCGACGACGACAUUCCUCACUGGACACUGCCAACGAAGGUGAAGGCGAAUCGGAUGUGAGCGCCUCCUCCUCCUGCAGUAACCUAUACUACUGCGGCUCAACGAUAUCCGCAUUAGACGGCGCAGAGUGCUACGUGAACGGUGUACGUACCGCUUUAGAACGUAAAACAAGCGACUGUUCGACAUAUUCAGUCAGCGCUGACGAGGAGUCAUUCACCAUUCCUGAAGAUCCACAACAACAAACAGGCAAAGACCUGUCCGACCUACUGGCCGCACAACACCUGAGCACGAAGCCAGCAGCUAAGAAGAUUCCAGAACUUCAUUCAUCAUUAAGGCUUCACCAGAGCAAUGCAAUAAGACAAUGUAAUAAAAUGAUUAAUACGCGAUGGACUGACAACUUGUCAUAG